CCGACGUCUCGUUCCGCCCUUCGUCCUCAACUGCGACUCGUGCGCGUCCACCCACUCUUAUUCUUCGCCGAUAUUCUUCGCGCAUUACCUACAUAUCACAGGCACUAUCAUUUUCCGAGUCAGCAUGGAUCUAGCGCAACAGCUCGUGCGCUCCGUUGCGCGCACUUUCUUGAACUCCCCCGACAUAGACACGAGACAUGUCCUCAUUGUCGACGCCCUCGUUAUUCAUUCCGCCCUCCGCGACGAUGAUCUCUCCUAUCUGAUGAGCAUGAACUUGAAAGACCUCCACCGCAUUUGCGCAAAACUUCGCGAUGAACGCUUGUUGCAAGUUCAUGUGCGGCCUGAGCUGAGAGAAGGCCAGCAGCGCCCCACGAACCGAACUUACUACUAUAUCGAUUAUCGUCAGGCUAUUGAUGCCAUCAAGUGGCGCGUUUACCAUCUUGACAAGGCCGUCCAGGGCAACGCGAAGCCCGCCAGCGAGAAGAAGGAGUACUUUUGUCGUCGAUGCCGUGCCGAAUGGACGCAGAUGGAGGUCCUGGACAAGGUAGAUCCCAUUAAAGGGUUUAUUUGCCAUCGUUGUGACGAUGUUCUUGUUUUCGAUCCCGAACGCGAAGCCGGCGGCCACGAGCAGUCCACGAAGCUCAACAACCAGCUUCGAUUUAUCACCGACAUGUUACCUAAGCUUGACGCCAUGGUGGUACCCGAAAAUACCUUUGAGACCGCUCACGCAGCCGCACGCCCUGUAGUCCGUGAUGCUACCAACCAAGCGGCGCCAUCUAUUGUUGUCGAGAGUAUUGCGAAGCCCACCGCUGUCAAGGGUAUGGCGAAUACGGGACCUCAAAGCAUUGCCGUCGAUAUCACCGAGUUGGAAGGCCCCACCGAGGCAGAAAAGAAGGCCGAACAGGAACGCAAAGAGAAGAUUGCGCGAUCCAACGCCUUGCCAGAGUGGCAUUUACAGAGUACUGUCACUGGCGCCUCGUAUGGCGGGCCGAACCAGCCUGCCGUCACCAAGACCGAUGAGGAAGAGGACAAGAAACCCACCGACCAAGGUGACGACACAAUGCAUAGCGAGGAAGUCACGAAUCUAUUCGAAAUGCUGGCACGACAACAAGCUGAAGAGGCCCGACGGAAAGAAGCCGAAGCUGACGAGUCAGACGAGGAGGACGACCAGGAUGAUGAAGAGGAGUUCGAAGACAUCGUGAACAACACCGGGACUGGCGAGAAGCGCCUAGCGUCCAGCGCCACAACCAGCGUUGCUGACACCCCGGCGUCAGAAGAGAGGCCACCCAAGAAAGUUAAGGUGGAAGAACCUGCUGAUGAAGCCGAUAGCGAUGAUGAGGAUGUCGCUUUUGAAGACGUAUGAGUGUGGGUUCGACGCCAGUUCAUCCUCUGCUAGAAUUUUACUUGAAGUUUUGCAAUCACGAAGCACACUUAGUAGAGUGUGGGCAAGGGCAAGCUGAUAUGUCUGAGUUGGUAAUGGCACGGCAUGGUCGUGGUUCGGCUGGUGUAAUUCUGGCGUGAUAUUAUCUGUCUUGUUUUCCCUCGCUUCUCCACAGAAAAGUUCUAUCUCCCCUUGAUUCCUUUUUAUUUAACUGAUACCAUAGAGCAUCUGCAUACUACAUACAAAUAUGGAAACGAACGAGGGCGUUCAAUUACAAU